CCGGGCCGCCCCCUCCCGGCCCGGGCCGGCCCCGCUGGCUCGGCUCAAAGUUUGCGGCCGCCCCUGCGCCCGCCCGAUGUAUGGGUGAUAUACUGCGGCGGUGUCAGGGUGAGGGACGGCCAUAUUUGCCGGUGCGGCCCGAGCCGUCAACAACAAAAAGUGCGCGGGAGCUCGGCGGGCGCACGGACGGGCGCACGGACGCCGGGCCCGCCUCGCCGCCGCCCGGCCUCGCCGCCGCCGCCGCCUCGCGGGCCGGGCCCCGCCGCGCCCCGCCGCCCGGGGGGAUGUCUUACAAACCGAACUUGGCCGCGCACAUGCCCGCCGCCUCCCUCAACGCCGCUGGGAGCGUCCACCCGCCUUCCACCAGCAUGGCGACGUCCUCCCAGUACCGCCAGCUGUUGAGUGACUACGGACCACCAUCUCUAGGCUACACGCAGGGAACAGGGAACAGCCAGGUGCCCCAGAGCAAAUAUGCUGAGCUGCUGGCCAUCAUCGAAGAGCUGGGGAAAGAGAUCCGACCCACGUAUGCGGGCAGCAAGAGCGCGAUGGAGAGACUAAAACGAGGCAUCAUCCACGCGAGAGGGCUGGUUCGGGAGUGCUUGGCCGAGACGGAGCGGAACGCCAGGUCCUAGCCUCCGAGUCAGCGCGGAAGGCUUUCCAUCUUCUGCCAAGAAGUGACAGCUCAUGCCCCCCGUUCAGAUGAAACUCGUUUUCAAAAUGGUAACAGCUUGGUUUCUCCUCCCCCUGCCCCUCCCGUGGUUCGUCAGGCUCCGAACCUCCUGUCGCUGAGAUGGAGAAGAGGUUUUGCAGUUAUUAGGUUUACAUAUUAGUUAGGAACUACCCAGGGCGUUUUGUGUUUUUCUAAGCAUUGAUUUACAUGAUGCACGUCAGUUACCUAUCACAGCUAACUAGUUGGCCUCCGGAUACCGGUGUGUCUCUUCUGGAUACAUUUCUGUUACUCACGUGGUUCUCUGUUUCUCUUCUGAGCUGAUCCAACUCUGAGGGUUUGUUUCAGCGAGUCCUAAGGCAGCGCUUUAGUAGCCAGUGCCCGUUCGCCACAGAGUAUAAAUUCUGCUCAGUGUAACUUUUUUUUUUUUUUUUUGCUUAAGCAUUUGCAUGACUAUUAGUACUUUGAAGUCAAUCUUUAAAAUGCACAAGUUAUAAAUACAGAAGAAAGAGCAACUUACUGAACCUCGAACCUCGCCUGACAAGGACCCCUGAAAUUUUCCCUAAGGAUGUAUGUAGAUUUCAAUUCCGCCUUUCCCAUCAGUGGAUCCAAACAUCUGGAAGAAAGUGACUAAUACUGUUUGCAUCUUUGUAUGUAUUUAUUACUUGAUGUAAUAAAGCUUAUUUUCAUUAACAACUGGUA